GACGCCUGCCAGAUUUGAUGGGGCCGACUGAUACAAAGGCACUGUAACGUCAUCCUAACUUGCUAAUCAUAUUUUCUCAAAUGUUUUCCCAUCUUAGUCUACCUAGUUAGCGAUUUAAAUCGCUUAAGGUAGUUUUAUUUUUAGUAAACAACAAUAUGGUGAGGAAUAAAUGUUACUUCCCGUAAAAAAUCAGAAUUCUGUGAAAAUUCCUGAUGUUAGCCACAAUCAAACCUGGGCAUCCUCAGCUGAUAACACCUCCAGCCGUGUCUGGUAUGAAUAGGUAUGUGACGUUAAGUCAACUUGGAGAUGGAACUUAUGGAAGUGUAAUGCUUGGACAGAGAUUGGAUACUGGUGAAAAAGUUGCAAUUAAGCGAAUGAAAAAGAAAUACCAUUCCUGGGAAGAAUGUAUGAAUCUACGUGAAGUGAAAUCUUUACAGAAACUAAGUCAUGCUAAUCUAGUCAAAUUAAAAGAAGUCAUCCGUGAAGAUAACACGCUUUAUUUUGUGUUUGAAUACAUGAAAGAAAAUUUAUAUCAAUUGAUCAAAAGCAGGGACAGUCCAUUUCCUGAAAAUGUGAUAAAAAACAUACUUUUUCAAAUCUUACAAGGAUUAGCCUUUAUGCAUAAACAUGGUUUUUUCCAUAGAGAUAUUAAGCCUGAAAAUUUAUUAUGUAUGGGACCAGAUUUGAUAAAAAUUGCGGAUUUUGGCCUUGCACGGGAGAUAAGAUCCAGACCUCCAUAUACUGAUUAUGUAUCCACUAGAUGGUAUAGAGCUCCUGAAGUUUUAUUAAGAGCUACAAAUUAUAAUUCACCUAUUGAUAUGUGGGCUGUUGGAUGUAUAAUGGCCGAGUUAUACAAUCUCAAACCAUUGUUUCCAGGUCGGACAGAGAUAGACCAAAUUUUUCGAAUAUGUUCCAUUUUAGGAACACCUGAUCAAAGGGAUUGGCCGGAAGGUUACCGCCUUGCUGUUGAAAUGAAUUUUAAAUUUCCUCAGUUUGUUGAAAUGCCAAUUCAGUCCAUUGUAAGAAAUGCUAGUCAGGAGGGUUGUUCAUUACUGAAGGACCUGAUUCGGUGGAAUCCAGAUAAAAGGCCUACUGCAGUUAUGGCUGCUCGUUAUCCUUAUUUUAAAAAUGGCAUGAAACCGAUGGCUCAGACUAAUCGCAGAGUGUCUGCAUUCAAUCGUCAUCUUCCAGAUUCCUAUCAAGAAAAUAUUCCUAAAAUCAAAGCUUCUGAUGAAAAGUCGGCAUACAGGAAAAGAUGGGGAGAUCACUUGUCUCAAGAAAAUGACAUACCAACUUCUGACUCUGAAAACAACUUGGAUAGAGAAAAAGUUGUUGAAAGACAGUCCUCACAAGAUAUGAUUGCUCGCUUUUCUGGUAAACAGCAGUAUGUUCCAAAGCCAAGAUAUAUGUCUGGAAACAAUUCAAGAAAUGUUUUAUAUAAUGAUUCUGCAAGACUAAAAAUGAAUGGCCAUUUUAACAACAGCACUUACCCAGUUUCCUUUGAUCGGCGAAAUUCUCAGCCAACUAUUAAUGGAACACCAGUACAAAAGAGUGCAAGAGCAUAUGGCCAAGCUUCAAAUCCUGUUUUCUCAAUACCUGGAAAAAUUGACUGGAGUGCAAAGUAUUUGAAUUGAAUGAUUGCCUUCUCUACCAGGAUGUUAUAUUCUUCCAUGUUUAACACCUUUCAUCUAGUCCUGCAUUUUAAACUGUCCAACUAUAGUGCCAGUUCUAUUUGUGUGUCUGGGAAACAGAAACUGCUAACUUUGGGUUUUGAUGCUUCUUUUUGUUAUGUUUGAGUGAAUGCUGGUGUGAAGCUGAAAUCUAAAUGAUUAUGGAUGAUCCAUCAUUUUAAAAAAUAAUAAUGGUGUGAAAUAUUUUCUUACAUUAUAACUUUACUAUGAAAAAAAUUAGUUCAUUUAUAAGAAAAAAAAAUUCUGUCAGAUGGCAACUAUUAAUGGUGAUUUAUUACAUUUUAUUAACAUUCAUUUAUUUGAAUUUUAAAAAAUUUCUAAAAGUAAGGAAUUUAUUUUAAAAUUAGUUAUUUAAGAAGGAAUAUUUGGAUUAUUUUUAGAUAUUUCUCAGGAAUCCAUUUCCAUAUUUGAUGAAUUGUUCACUUUUAGUGUAAUUUUCAUGCCAUAAAAAUUGAUUGGGGUCGUAUUUUGUAAAUAGAAUAUUCAUAUUGGUCAUUCAAAAAGUUCACAUUGUACAUUAUUCAUAAUUAUUUUCAAUAUUCAUGUUAUCAAAUGAACUGUGAAUAAGGAUAUUAAGACUGUGAAUUCAUGUUAUAUUCUGUCAUUCACUUUCUUAUUAUCCAUGUUUAAUCAUCUUUAGUGUAUACUUAAUGUGCCUUAAACAUGACACCUGAACUUUCAUUUUUCCAAAAUGUAUAUAAUAUAAACAAUUUCACAAAAUAGGCAUUUGUUUUUGUUGUAUUUGUCCAAUUUAAAAUUAUUUAAACCAUAUUGAGA